AUGGCGCCCCGAAAGUCCAAGGCUGUUGCGCUGCCUGCUUGGUACAAGCUGGCUAUAGACGCGCCCAACGUCUCGGAGAAGAACCUCACCACCACGUGCCUGCUGGCGGCAGGGGAGAGCAACAAGAACGGGAAGACCGAGCUCCGGCGGGUGGCUCCGCUCCAGGCGCGCUCACGCCCCCUGUGGACUUUUGGGGGCGAAGAAGACAAGCUUUGCCUGAAUCCUGUGGCCUUGGCUGACGAGGAGCUAGCCGUGGCUCUCCGCCUCUUGGUUGGGGACGACCAGGAGUACCCGUCGAGCGCCAUCGUUCCCUUGUUGCUUCGCAAGGACGGGGCGCAUGUUGUGGCCGCCAUGCCCACCUUUGACGAGCGCGGCCUGGUGCCGCCGGCGCCCCUUGUGGUCCCGGAGGCGACGGCGCUAGUGGACGUGUCUUCAGGCGAUUCACGCAUGGAGGGGGAAGAGGAGGAAGACGAGGAGCACUACCCGGGGGUGACCCCUGAGGGGAUGGGGGAGACCUCCCCCUUGAGCAAGGCCGACAUCGUCCGCACCCUGCCAGACGACGACGAGGCCGACGUCCGCCGGGAGAAGGAGGAGCCGCCCGUGAUCCCAACGAGGGGCAGGUCGGCGUUGAUCUCUCGGGACGAAUCUGCUACUCCGACACCGCCUGGAGCUGCUUCCAGGCCCUCCGCUGCCCCUUCUUCUGCUCCUGGAGCCCGCGCGCCCGCGCCUCAGGCUACGAGGCUCUCAGGCUUCAAGCUUAGCAAGCGGAGGGUGGAUUACAACGCUGUGGACCAGACGCCGCCUGCAGCAAAGAAGAGGAUGGAGAAUACGGAGACACUGCCUGGGACCGAACCGCCUGCAGCAGCUGCACCUCCCUCCAUGGAGAAGGGGAGCGACGGCGCUCGCACCUCCCCGGUUCGGUCGUCCUCGCGAGGCCUGGAGGAGCAUCCACGUGAGGAGUCAGCCCCUGUGGCCCCGCUGGCUCCGGAGGCGCUGAUGUCCGGCACAACUAUUGAGGUCCCCAAAGCUCAGGAGCCCCCUCCUCCUGCUGCACCGCUGAUUCCAGGUCCUUCUGCCUCCCCUGACGUCUUGGAGCACGCUCCUUUGGAGAUGGCCCAGCUGCGAGAAGAUCUCCAGGGCGCAGACUCCCACCUGGUAGCCGGGCACCUGGAGCUGGUCUCUGGCUGGCUUCAUUCUGACGUGUCUGUUCGAGCGACGCUGAGCCAGGCCGCGGUGACCUCCGAGAAGGAGAAGCAGGCAGCCGCCCGAGCCACAACUGCUCGCGAAUCGGCGCUGAAGGAUGCCGAGGCCGCCCAGGAUCGCUGCCGGGUGCUGGAGACCGAGCUGAAGACCCUGCGUGACGAGCGUGCGGAAGAAGCUCGUGGCCGCAAGGCGGAAGAGGAGAAGAUGAAGGCCCGAGAGGAUGCCGUCAAGGAUCGCGACGCCAAGCUAGAGCAGUCGGCGAAGGCGCAUGCCACUGAGCGCAGCUGGCUAGAGGAGCUGGAGCAGAAGGUGAAGGCGGAGAAAGCCGAGCUUGACGCCAAGGCGAAGGUCCUGGCCGAGGACCGCGCGGCCUUCACGCUCCUCGAGGAGAGGUCCUGCGUGGCACUAAAGGCACUCUACGAGAAGGGGGAGGCGUUCGGCGUGUCACGCUACUCCGGGGGCAGCUCCAAAAAGAGCGGCUCCGGCGCCGAGCAAGGCUUCCAAGAGGAAGGGUCGCCUGAUCUACUUGAGGAGAAGUUGAAGAUCGCCUAA